AUGGAUUUAGAUUCAAGUGCCAAGAUAGACCAUGAUGUUAGGCGAUUGCAAUGGACUUUACCAACCGGACCUAUAGCUCAUUUAUUUCGUUGUCUGGGUCAACUUACUGCCUUGGUUGAUGGAGAUAUCACAAGACAUAGCAUCUCAUGGGUCCCUCACAUGGUGUCGGUGAGGCCUUCACGAGGUUUCAUGUAA